AUGAAUUUCGAUCUCCCUCAAGACCUUCAGGACUGCAUAUCCAAGCUCGACACCUUUAUCAAGUCAGAAAUCCUCCCGAUUCAGCAGGAGAAUAUCCAAUUUUUCGACCACCGGCGAGAGCCUUCAAGAACGCAAUGGGACAAUGACGGCCUGCCCACCCCCGAAUGGGAGGCUCUCUUGAGCCGCGCUCGCAAGCUGGCCGAUGACGCCGGCUUCUAUCGCUUGCCCUUGCCCAAGCAAUACGGCGGUCAGGAAUGCUCCAACAUGUGGAUGUGCGCUCUUCGCUAUCAUAUGGCAUCUCAUCCAGACUAUGGAGGAGGCGUCAGUUUGGCCAAUGACCUGCAGAACGAGCAUAAUGUUGUUGGUAACUUUCCAGAUUUUCUCAUGCUAUACCAUUGGGGAAAUCAGCAGCAAAGGGAUGAGUUUAUCCCUGCUCGCUUGGAGGGUCGCUUCGUAAUGACGUUUGGUUUAACUGAGAUACAUCACGGCAGCGAUGCUACUCACAUGGAUACAAAGGCGACCCCAAUCACAUUUGCAGAUGGAUCACCAGGAUACAGCAUCAGCGGAAACAAGAAGUGGCAGACAGGUGCUCACUCAGCGACGCACUUUCUUAUUUUUGCACGUACAUCGGGGCAGCCAGGCUCAUCCAAAGGCCUCACUGCUUUCCUAGUACCCAGGGGCACCUCCGGGCUAGAAAUAAAUUCGUACCAGUACACCCUCAACAUGCCUACCGACCAUGCAACGCUUUUGUUGGACGACGUACGUGUUCCAGCGACUGCAGUAUUUGGCCCUUUCGAUAACGGUCUUGCCGUGGCCCAGACCUUUACGCACGAAAAUCGUAUCCGCCAGGCUGCUAGUUCGUGCGGUGCAGCCAAGUUCUGCAUUGAUCGCUCCGUUGCGUAUGCUCGAGGCCGCAUUGUAUUUGGAAAGCCUCUGGCGUCCAACCAAGCCAUCCAGUGGCCCUUGGUGGAGCUUUCGACGCAGGUGGAAAUGCUGCGUUUGCUGAUCCUUCGAACUGCUACCGAGAUGGACCAAGUGCAGCAGCAAUACAAAGGCAACUCGAAGACUCCUCCUUGGAUCGCUAUUGAGAAACAGUUGGGGCAUAAGAUCGGGAUGUGUAACUAUUAUGCAAACCGACUAGCCACCCAAGCCGCCGACAAUGCCAUCCAGGUCCACGGUGGCAACGGCUAUAGCAGGCACCAGCCGUUUGAGCACAUUUGGCGGCACUUUCGGCGAUAUAGGAUCACUGAAGGGAGUGAGGAAAUCCAGAUGAGAAAGGUCGCCGGUUACCUAUUUGGAUACAAGGAUACUGGUGUAGAGAAGGAAAAGGAGAAGUUGUAA